CAAAUACUAACUGUAAUUUUGACCGCCAGUCAAGUCGCUUUGACCAUAGCCAUGGCGGAAGAUUCGCUUGCUAUUUUACCCCGGAGCAUGGGGCAACAAGCAAACGCUGGCCAGAAGAAGAAGGCCGCUCCUCGAAAGUUCAUCCCGUCACAAAAGGGAGCUUUGAUCACUGAAAACCCAUUAGAAGAGGAGUGUCCGUACACCUUCUCGGACAGCCCUGCUUACCUUCGACAAAAAAAGGAGGAGGAAGAAGUGAAGCGAGCAGCGGAGCUGGAGGGGAAGGAAGAAACUCGGGGUUUCUUGCGGAGCGUGGAGGAACUGGCUCACAAGCAACGGUGGGAUGAAGCCUUUCAGGUGUUGGAGAAGAGAACGGCAGUGCCCAGUGGUCUUUUCCUCGUUACACGUGCGCUUCUCCGAUGGAAGUUCUACCACUACAGCUCCGCAUUGAGGGAUGCGGAAGAGGCACUAAAGAAAUAUGGCAGCUCCAACAAGGCAGGACCCUUAGCAGCAGCCCUUGCUGCAUUUGCACGACUCUGCUUGGGCUCAGAAGUGCAAGACAAGGGCUCUUGUUCCAAAGAGUUACGCCCUUUGUUGGAAGCAUGGGAGCAGGCAGAGCGCACGGCACUGACAAGGCACACACUUGGUCAGGGCCUUUUCAAGCCACGAAAAGCAGAACGCCUGUCGGAGCCUGGAUGCGUCGAUGGUAUGCAGGCAGAAGACGGAACCUAUCCAGCUGGUGGCGUCAGAAUAGGGUAUGUUUUGCUGAAGAACCAGAAGGAUCCCAACGCACCUGUAAUCCUUCACUUUCAUGGCAGUGGUGAGAUAGCAGCCGACUAUUUGCUGCCACAGCUGGCAGAAAAGUACCGGGACCUCCCCGCACAUUUGCUCGUGGCUGACUACAGAGGAUACGGCUGGUCAGGGGGAGAACCGUCGCUGGCGACUUUCCUGAAAGACGCAGAGCCACUGGCAGAAAAGCUGCCCGAGCUCUUUGUGCAGCAUGGGCUGUCGUGGCCAUACCCCGGCGGCUUGAUACUCUCAGGGAGAUCCAUCGGGGCACAGGUGGCGGUGCACUUGGCAGUGCUGUUUCCAUCGCUUUUCAGGGCAAUGGUUCUAGACUCUGCUGUAGCCACUUCUGCAACUGGUGACCGCUUGGGAGAGGCAAGGCUGGAAGUCUUGAAGCAGUGGCGCAAGGAGCUUGAAAAUGCAAACUUGGAGGUUCUGCAGCCGUUAGAUGCAGAGCUGUGGACCUUGGGUGCAUUAGACAAGAUUCGUGCAUUCAAUGGCCAGCUGCUGCUUCUCCACGGUCUCGAAGAUGACUUCGUACCGUACGAAGGGAGUGAAAGCCUCCAUGCAGCAACAUCAUCACGGCAGAAAGAGCUUGUGCUCGUGAAGGAUGCAAGCCACAACAACAUUGGCCAUCAUCCAGAAUAUUGGAAUGCCUUGCAACGGUUUGCUCUGAAGGUUCAGCUUGACAGUGCUCUUCCGUCAGUUGGUCCAGUUGUCGAGCAUUUGUGUGCAGUUUGUGCUCAAAAAGCAGACUCAAAAUGCGGCAGAUGUCAAAAAGUAUGGUAUUGCUCGAGAUCACAUCAGGCUGAGCAUUGGAAGAGUCACAAGUUAAAAUGUAGUGGUGCGGAACCAGCACCAAAGGCUGCCAAAGAAGCAGAGGCAUUUCUGGUCAUGCUGGUUUGUGCCGAAAUCUCAAGUGCAUGCUUGGCCUCCUUGACGAGCACGUUGAUGAGUACGCUGAUACAGGAACAUGUCGCCGGUGUCUAUGUGAGUUGGCACGCAGACACUCCUGAACUUGCCAGGGAGGUGGAAGCAAAGCUGACUGCGACCCGGGGUAAAAACUCCAAGACAGUCAUGUGGCUGGAGUCUAGGGUCAAGAAGCCGUUCUUCGAGCAUGCGAAGGCAGCAGCGGCAUUGAUGGCCAGUUCUGAUAUGUCACAGGCCUGGGUUUCUUUGAUGAGACCUGGACACAUAUGGAGUUCCAGGUUUUCUUCCUUGGUGAUCUCAACACUGCGGCGAGCGGCUGCUGAUUCUCGUGUGAUCGCAGUGCGAUGCGACAAAUGCGCCAGGCCAACAAGCUUGACCACUUGCUCAACUUCGGAGGAGGUGGACUCUGCGCUUGCUUCGGGCUCUGUCAAAAUAUUGGAGGCAUCAGAGGAGGAUGUGAAUUCUCUCCUGAUCCAUGCAAAAACGUUGCAGGCUUUCCUGGAGAUGACCCCACAGCUCACUUUGCAACACCGUAUGUGUGCGUACCGCUACGUGCACAAGAUGAACAACACCUUUGGCAAGAAGGUGAUGGCUUUUGCCCCUCCAGAAGGUGAUUGGGCCCGCUUUGAAAAUGUGGAUCCAACCAUUGAGGACGAGCUGGAAGAGAGUGACAUCCAGCGCGGACAGGACCUGGUGAGAAACUCUUCCCAAAGGUUCAACAAAGUGAACGGUGACCAGUCAGACAAACAGGAGCUGCCAAGCAGGUUAAAGGAUCCAGACGAAGCAGCCAAGAUGAUCCAUGGCAUGAGGACUUCAAUCAGUCGCAGGGUGGUUCUGAGAGCUGGCGAAACUCUUGACCUCAAGGAACUUCGCGAGCUCUCUCUGGAUAUUGUCACAAAUGCCAUAGAGACUGCUGGCUUAGAUCAGGUCAUAGGCAUCCAGAGCUGGGUUCGGCAGACGGCAAGUGAGUUGGCACAGGCUGCCGCAGAAAAGUUUGAUGUCAAGAUACGCGAGAAAUAAGUUCGCCCAGAGCUGCUUGUGACGCAUGCACCAGACGUGCCUCACAUCUUUUAAGACACAAUCUUUAAGGGCCUUACGCCUGCUUAAGCCUCUCACAAAGGACCGCCAAUCGGCCUUUGUGCAGUGGACGGUAUGACCGUCGUUGCCAUGAAAGGCAUAGGGCAUAGUGCGCGAAGAAA